AUGCUCCUCUCCAAUACCACAGACUCUCUAACAGGCGGAGCGCUGAGUCUCUCAGUGAACUUCGACAGUCCUGUGGAUUAUCUCAUUUUUAUUUAUCAACUUUUAUUCGCUACAACUGCUGUUCUAGUAGCCGGACCUGUGGUCAUUGCCAUCCUGUCCACCAGAGCUCUUCGUCUCCAAAACAGGUUUAUUUUCAUGCUGAACACCAGUAUUUGUGAUACGCUUGUAGGGUUUUCAGUGUAUUACCUCGGACUGUUUGAUGUCCAGGAGGGAUUUCCGUCUAGAAAUGGAACUUUUAACAUGUUACCUUCUCUCCUCGGGAUAAACAUUAUGACAUUUUUAUUUGCUCAGUUUGACCGGUAUGUUGCCGUUUGUCACCCAUUUAUCUACACGCGCUUUAUAACCAGGCGAGUAAUUAUCUCGGUGAAUGUCUAUUGUUGGUUUCAUGUCUACUGUCAGUCGAUCAUUGUGACUCUCUUGCCCCUUUCCAAAGCAAUAGAGUUGUAUGUUUUCAGUAUUGUCUGCUUACAACUUAUCGUGCUCACCAAAGUGGCCAUGACUAUCAAACUCUAUGUUAUUGCCAGAUUCCAGGUAGAAAAAGACCCUCCCAGCGCCGAGAAAGACAGCAAAAAGGAAUCAUUGAGAAUCAUUAUUUUUGUUGUCAUAAGCUUCUUGGUGCUGUGGUGCCCCUCUUUUGUUAAUAUCGUACUCAGACUGGUGAUAGGAAGAGGGCUGAGAUUUAGGAACGAAGCCACCAAUCUUUUCGCCAUCAUGGCUCGUUUAAACGCUGUGUGCACACCGGGCGUGUACUUGUGGGGGAGUCCGGCUCUGAGGGAGGCCACGAGGAGGACAGUGUGGGGCAGACUGUGCCCAAGAUGCAAGAGGAGGUAA